CAAACAGUUCAUCAUGGUCCAAGAGAGAAAAAAACAUGAUUUGCUAAUAUUGUGCUUUUUAACUAACGUGUUUCAGCUUAUUUUAUUCAUAAAACACUUUGUGAAAUAGGGCUCUAUAACCAUAUUCAAGAAAAUACAAAAAGAAGCAAGAAAAUCCACCACAAGAUCCCUGCAAAACAAUACAGUGCAGUUGAUACAAACCCCUUGUCUGUGUAUGUCAUGCAGCACCUGUGGAACUGGAUAGUGAAGAUAGUACCACUAUGGAUUGCACCUAAUUUAUUAACAUUUACUGGAUUUUUGAUGAUUUUAUUAAACUACUUCCUGCUGUCCUAUUAUGAUUGGAACUUCACUGCAUCAGCUCCUGGGGGUAGUCAUGCUCCAAACUGGGUGUGGGGUUUGUCUGGGUUUGCUACCUUUUCUGCCUAUGCUCUAGAUUCUAUCGAUGGAAAGCACGCCAGAAGGACACAGUCCAGCAGCCCUCUUGGAGAGUUGUUUGACCAUGGGCUGGACAGCUGGGCGACGUCCCUCUUCACACUCUCCCUGUUCUCAGUUUUUGGACUCGCGGCAGAGCGGGAGGUGACUGCCUACACCCUGUACUCUAUACUGUGCGUCAUUCUGCUCACAUUCCUGCUUUCACACUGGGAAAAAUACAACACUGGAGUCCUCUACCUGCCCUGGGGAUACGAUAUCAGUCAAAUAACACUAACAGCAGUGUAUCUGCUGAGUGCAGUAGUUGGUGUAGAAGCGUGGUAUAGGCCUUUGCCCUUUGGUUAUUUCUUUACGGAUAUUUUAAUAGCCAUGGUUAUAGGUUGCUGUGCCUUUCUCUCCUUGCCACAGACACUUUACAACAUUUAUCAAGCACGAAAGAAUGAAACACUAGAAAGAAAUUCCACAUAUGAAGGACUCCUUCCUCUGGCGUCUCCUGCCCUGCUCUUUACACUUCUCACAACCUGGGUGAAGGUGUCUGCCGACGACAUUCUUACCAGACACCCCAGGCUUUUCUUGUGGAUGGUUGGAGUUACGUUCUCAAAUGUUACAUGCAGGCUGAUUAUUUGCCAGAUGACAAACACAAGGUCUGAGGUCUUUCACUGGUUAUUGCUUCCAUUAGCUGCGAUUGUCAGUGCUGUUUCAACUGGACUACUGGUGCAGUCAGAGCUCAUCUUACUUGUUGGCUACACAGUGCUGGUGACAAUAGCACAUGUUCACUAUGGCCUCUGUGUGGGAAAACAGCUGAGUAAACACUUGAACAUUUUUAUCUUCUCUUUGGAGAAACGCCACCAGGAAUGAGGGCAUUGCUGGACAAAUACAGGAAACCUAAAGCAUUCUUCUUUGGACUGAGGCUGUAUAGCUAUAAAAUGAUUAAAUUAAUUAUUAUUGUAUUUGAAAGGCCACAGGGUUUGCGAGGGUACAUAUAAGGUUCAGUUACAUCUCAGAUAAGCAUUCUAGGGGGUCAUAAAAUGUAAAAAACAAAACAUACAUUUGUAAUAAGUUUGUGUAGCAUGUAUUAAAGGAAAAAUAAUUUAUCCAAGUAUAUUUAUGAUAUGCUGUUAAUCUUUUGAACAGAAUACUAAAUAAACCAACAGAAUCAACGUCUAA